AUGACUUUUCUCCCCAUCUCAGCCUCGCUUCUGGGCCUCGCGGCUUCGGCUUUGGGCUUGAGCUUCAAUGUUCCUACAUCGCCGCCUUCAAACUCGAGUGGGCAGCUCUCUGCAGCUCCAGUUGGUGUAUCUCUGGAGUUCUUUGCGUUCCCAAAGUACAUUCAAGAGGUCGAAUCAACGAUGACAUGUCUGCAGAACCUGAAGGAUCUGACAGGAACAUGGCCCCCGAUGAGGAUCGGAGGCACGACUCAGGAUCGGGCGACGUAUGAUAGCUCGUCGACAGAGGCUGUCACUUAUACAGUGGCCAGCGCAGGUGCUGCGCCCGAGACACUGACUUACGGACCAUCGUUUAUUUCUUUGGCUGCAAGCUAUGCCGGAGAAGUCAUUAUUGGAUUGAAUCGCCGUUUGGAUGAUAUCUCCAACACAAUUUCGGCCGCGCUUCUUGUCCAGAGCAAAAUGGACAACCUAUAUUCCAUUGAACUGGGAAAUGAGCCCAACUUUUUCGUCGAUAGCGAUCCUAUUGCCAAUGGUGCAUCCUGGACAGCUGCAGCAGAUGAAGCAUCCCAAGUCAACUGGCAAGAUGCGGUGUGCGGAAAUCUCUCUGCAACUGCUAUCAUCUCAGCAGGUGUCUAUUUUGGCACUUCACCCAUGAGCCUCGUCAGCCUUACAGCGAAAGAAGGUGAUGCGGAUGACCAUGUGAAGGAUUAUUGCUCUCACAACUAUCCUCAGUCAUCUGGCUCCUACAACCUAGCCGCUCUCAUGGGCCACAGCGAUAUUGCCACCCAGAUCGAGCCUUAUGCUGCUGAAAUCUCUGCUGCUGCUGGCAAAGGCAAGCCGCAUAUCUUCGGCGAGACCAACUCCGCAACCCAAGGUGGUGGUGGUAUCAGCCCGACUUUUGGUGCUGCUCUCUGGAUUUUGGACUACGUGAUGCAGACCGUCCUGAUGGGCACAAAUGCCCUCUACUUCCACCAGGGUACCGUUGGAAACUGCCAAUACUGCUGGUGGGGUCGCUACAGCAUGGGCUCCCCUUACUAUGGUGCUUAUUUCGCCACCAUGGCGCUCGCCAACGCCGACCAGAUUGCGCCCCUGGAUACCCAAGAUACAGCAUACGCAGCCUAUGCCAUCUACAAGGCUGGCACUCCUGUCCGGGUCCUUCUCUACAACUCCGAUUACUUUAUCUCUACCAGCGGAACGCGCUCGUUGCAGACAUACACCCUGUCUGGGCUUACGUCCCCCAGUGUCACUGCUAAACGGCUGACUGCCCCUUACGCCACGUCUCGGGUUGAUCAGGGCCAAAACCCGACCGUUGCAGGUCAGACGUUUGUCAAUGGCACUUGCACUAUUCAAGGUACAGAGAGCGUGGAGACAGUGACUGUCUCCGGCGGGAAAGCAACCUUCACUGUUGCAGCUUCAGAAGCUCUUUUGGUUUACCUGUAA